GUGAAAUUUACGCUUCGGAAUAUUUGCUGGUUGUGUUUAGGGAACUAAAAAAUCCCAUUACAAUGGAGGACGCUUAUUCUCCGUUUAGAAUUAUUAAGAUGGAAGUCGAUUAUAGUUCCGCAUGCGAUGAGAAAAUCCCCGUGGCCAAAGAAUUGGCUAAAAACGAGAAAACAUUCCAUGAAGCCAUUGACGUCCUUUUGCAGGUCGAGAAGGAUGCUCGAAUGGGUUCAGAUUUAGCGUCAACAAUCCGGAUUUUAAUUGCAAUCGUCGAAAUUUGCUACGAACACGGCAACUGGAAUGCUCUGAAUGAAUACAUCGUCGUCCUGUCCCGCAAACGGUCCCAAUUCAAGGAGGCAAUUAGUAAGAUGGUGCAGCAUUGUCUCCUCUACUUAACCGUUCUGCCGGAUUUGGAGACCAAGUUGCGGUUGAUAGAUACUUUGCGCCUGGUGACCGAAGGGAAGAUUUAUGUGGAAGUUGAAAGAGCUCGGUUGACAAGGAUGCUCGCUAAGAUUAAGGAGGACGGUGGGGAUUUGGAUGCCGCAACCGCACUUAUGGCUGAACUUCAUGUGGAAACGUACGGAACUAUGGAGAAGAGGGAGAAGAUCGAGUUAAUAUUGGAACAAAUGAGAUUAUUUAUCCUCAAGCAUGAUUUUGACAAAGCUCAAAUAUUAGCAAAGAAGAUUUCUGUGAAAUUUUUCGAUGACCCCCAGCAGGAAGAACUUAAAUUGAAGUAUUAUAAACUGAAAAUUACAAUGGAUAAGGACUCCUCGUUCCUAGAGACUUCUCGCCAUUACCAAGCUCUCUUCAACUGUUUAACAUUGGACGAGCAUAAGAAAAACGAGUUAAUAAUGAACGCCGUGAUGUACUGCGUUCUGGCUCCUUAUUAUAAUGAGCAGCACAACAUGAUGCAUAUCCUAUCGGAAAAUCUGAAACUGAAGGAGAUUACACUGUUUAACAACAUUUUGCAACUUUUCACAUCGAAGGAAUUGAUAGAUUAUAAUGGAUUUGAAAAGGGAUACGGGUGUGAAUUACUGAAGACAGCGAUUUUCGAUCAAAGGAAAGCAGUUGGUGUGAAGCAUUGGCGUGAACUGAAAAGCAGGAUUAUCGAACAUAACAUUCGCAUUAUAUCCUACUACUACACUCGCAUCUAUUUAGGACGCAUGAGCGAAUUAUUGAACAUAUCUAAACGCAGAUGUGAGGAUUAUAUCACGAAAUUAGUGUCAUCGGGAACAGUCUCCAUUAAAAUUGAUCGGCCCUCUGAUAUCGUGUACUUCACGAAGAAGAAGCAGCCUUCCGACGUACUGAAUGAUUGGUCAAAGAGUGUUGAUCAGUUUAUGAAGUUAGUGAAUCACACAGCGCAUCUGAUCAAUAAGGAGCAAUGUUUAAACAAUGUCCUCAAUGAAUCAAGUUAAAAUAUUGAGUUCGAUUAAUUACUUUUGAUUUGGUUGUGAGUUUCAAAACAAUGUUUUUUGAAUGUUGAAUUCGUUCCUAUCAAAAUAUGA